AUGUCGCCACCGCCGCCGCAGGGUCCCGUUCCCUCCCAUGCUGGCCGCGCCAACCUCUUCUCCGCCCCGCCGCCUCCCCUCUCCAACCGCCGCUACCCCCAUCAACGGUCCCUGCCCCUCCCGCCCGUCUCCCCUCGCCGCCGCGACCCCAAGAACCACUCCCGGCAGCCUUCCCAAGAGGUAGAACCGACAGACAGCGGUCCAAGGAGAACGGCCAGCACCAACCCGGCCUUCCGCGCGGCCCACCUCCGUACCGCGUACCGCAAGCCCGUGCCCCCAGCCGCAGCCGCCGGCGAAGGCGAGGCCCUCCUCGCCGCCGACCCAACCGACGCCGCCUCGGGGCGCACCGUCGUCGUGGGUCCCUCGGGCCUCUCCUCCCGCCUCCCCGGCGCGCCGUUCGACUUCCAGUUCAGCUACUCCGAGGCGCCCCGGGCCCCGCCGCUCGCCAUCCGGGAGCCGGCCUUCCUGCCCUUCGCGCCGCCGACCAUGCCGCGGCCCUGGACGGGCAAGGCGCCGCUGCUGACGAAGGAGGAGAAGGCGCGCCGCCGGGGCGUGCGGCUGCACACGCCGCUCGGCCAGGAGCCGCCGCAAACGGUGAGCGCGCACGGGAUCAUGAUGGAGGUCAGGGAGAGGAGGCAAAUGGACCUGGCCAGGGUGAGCCCCGGUGACGGCAGGAGCAGGGAGGAGGUGCUUGGUGAACCGCUCACCCCAUCUGAGUCCAAGGCUCCUCCUUAUCGCUCCAUCUCCAUGGUUACCAUUGCAAUUUCUGGAGGUAGGGUUGGACGGGCAGGUAGCCAGGAGCUGAGGGCACCAGCGAGGGGGACUUGUGCCAGAUCAGCUGGCACACCUGCUAUCAGCAGUGUUUUGAUAUGCUGGUCCCGAGAAAGAACACCACUGCAUUCAAGCAGGAGGUUGCCAGCAGAAAAGUCAGGUGGAAAAGUCAUUCACCGAGUAGGUGGCGUUGUUUUUCUAUAUAGAGGAAGACAUUAUGAUCCGAGGACCCGUCCUCGCUAUCCACUAAUGCUCUGGAAACCUGCCACUCCUGUAUAUCCAAAACUCAUCAAAGAAGCUCCAGAAGGGCUUACAAAAGAAGAAGCAGAUGAAAUGAGAAGGAAAGGGCAUGAUCUGCUGCCAAUCUGUAAAUUAGCCAAAAAUGGAAUAUACAUCACUCUUGUCAAGGAUGUGCGAGAUGCUUUUGAAGGAAAUGACCUGGUGAAGAUUGACUGUGAGGGUUUGAAUCCAAGUGACUACAAAAAGAUUGGAGCGAAACUAAGGGAUCUUGUUCCCUGUGUUCUUUUAUCAUUUGACGAUGAACAGAUAUUAAUGUACAGAGGCGAAGAAUGGAAAUCCAGAUACUUGAAGCCUCUUACUCUCAUUCCAAAAGUUCAACAGAAUAAUCUGGCAGUGUCAUCUGACAUGAAUAGUUCAGAUACAGAUCAAGUUGCGAUAAGAGAAGUAUUGAGACCCAAAAUGUUUAAAUUAUGGAAGAGUGCAGUGGACUCGUCUCUGGCAUUGCUGCUGGAUGACGCUGAAGCAAAUGAUCUCACACCCGAUUCACUGCUGACUUUGGUUGAGGAGUUCAGCGUGACAUCUCAGGCAGCGGAGCACUCAUUUCCUGCUCUGCUUGUGACCAAUGGUGAGGUGAACACCGAGUCUCUAAGUGCGGAAUACAUAAAUGAUGAGCCUGAAACAAGCAUUGCUGGAAACGAAGAGGGCCGCCAGCUCGAGCAGUCACCUGAUGUCUGUGACGAUGAACAUUUUGAGCUUGACAUGUUUGAGCGUCUGGAGUCAUCUGUGCCAUUGGGUUCGCUGCCGAUUGACAGCAUGAUAGAGCAGUUGAACAGUGAGUGA